ACUCGCUCGCCCACCGCCGCCUCCGUGCGACCGACAAGAUGGCCUCGAAGACGGUGGUCAUCGCGUCGACGGCCCGCACGGGCCUGGCCAAGAGUUUCCGCGGCGGCUUCAACAAGACCCACGGCGCGGCCAUGCUGGGCCACACGAUCCAGCACGCCAUCGAGCGCGCGGGCGUGCACCCGAGCGAGGUCGACGACGUCAUCGCCGGCUGCGGCUUCGGCGAGGGCGCGACGGGCAUGAACAUCGCGCGCAACGCGGCGCUCUGGGCCGGCUGCCCGGCGACGACGUCGGGCGCGACGAUCAACCGCUUCUGCUCCUCGGGCCUCCAGGCCGUGGCGUCCGCGGCGAUGCACGUGGGCUCCGGCGCCGCCGACGUCGCGAUCGGCUGCGGCGUCGAGUCCAUCUCCAUGGUCCAGCCCGUCGUCGCGAAGACGACGGUCGUCGAAAAGAAGCUCAUGGGGAGUUACCCGGCGCUGUGGAUGCCCAUGAUCGAGACGGCGGACAUCGUCGCGGCCAAGUACGGCGUCUCCCGGGAGGACCAGGACGCCUACGCCGUGGAAUGCCAGGCGCGCACGGCCGCCGCGCAGGCCGCGGGCUUCUACGACGACGAGAUCGUGCCCAUGGACACGGUCAUGUCCGUCAAGGAUAAGGAGACGGGCGAGGUCUCGGAGGUCGCCUACACCGUGACCAAGGACGAGUGCAACCGGCCGGGCACGACGCUCGCCAGCGUCGAGAAGCUCGCGCCCGUCCGCGGCGACGACGACGCGUCGGCGACGAUCACGGCCGGCAACGCGAGCCAGCUGAGCGACGGCGCGUCGUCCUGCGUCGUCAUGGACGGCGACCUCGCGGCGAAGCGCGGCACGGCGCCCCUGGGCAUCUUCAAGGGCUUCGCGGUCGGCGGCUGCGCGCCCGAGGAGAUGGGCGUCGGGCCCGUCGUCGCCGUGCCGAAGCUGCUGGCCAAGGCGGGGCUGACCGUGGACGACAUCGACCUCUGGGAGAUCAACGAGGCCUUCGCCGUCGUGCCGCUCCACGCCAUGCGCGUGCUCGGCGUCGACCCGGCGAAGUGCAACGUCAACGGCGGCUCCAUCGCCAUCGGCCACCCCUUCGGCAUGACGGGCUCGCGCAUGGUCGGCCACGUGCUCCUCGAGGGCCAGCGCCGCAAGGCCAAGCACGUAGUGUCACGAUGUGCAUCGGCGGCGGCAUGGGCGCCGCGGGGCUCUUCGAGGUCGUCCACUGAGCGCGCCGCGACCAUGACGCCUGGUUUAACACAAAAAACACGCCG